ACCCAUUGCUUUCAUGCAUUGAGAAGAUCGCGAGAGUGCAAAGUGGUCGGUCGGUCAAACGCUAAAGUCAACUAAAUAUUUUAAAAAAUAUUCGAUAUAAAAAUGAGCGCGUGGGAAAAUAAUGAAGAAAUUCAAAGAUUUCGGGAAUAUUUACGCAUUCCUAGUGUUCAUCCUGACAUCGAUUAUACCAGUUGCGUUGAGUUCUUAAAGAAACAAGCAGCUGAUCUUGAACUUCCUAUCAAUGUUUACUAUCCUUCAUUACCAACAAAACCGGUUGUUGUUAUAACAUGGAUUGGUCAGCAGCCAGAACUACCAUCGGUUAUAUUAAACUCUCAUAUGGAUGUUGUUCCAGUAUUUCCAGAAAAAUGGACUCAUCCACCAUUUAGUGCGGAUAUGGAUGAAGAAGGUCGCAUAUUUGCACGCGGCGCACAAGAUAUGAAAUGCGUUGGUAUGCAAUACUUAGCAGCCAUACGAUCAUUGAAAGCGAAUAAAGUUACAUUGAAGCGAACUAUACACAUUACUUAUGUACCAGAUGAAGAAAUCGGUGGUCAUCUUGGUAUGGAAGUCUUUGUGAAAUCUGAUGAUUUCAAAAAACUGAAUGUUGGAUUCUCUUUAGAUGAAGGUUUGGCUUCGGUUGAUGAUAUUUAUAGAAUUUAUUAUGCCGAAAGAAGUAUUUGGCAAAUUAAUUUUAAAAUAAGUGGUAAUGCCGGUCACGGUUCACUUUUGCUUAAAAAUACUGUAGGUGAGAAGCUUCAGUAUAUACUGAACAAAAUGAUGACCCUUAGAGAACAAGAAUCGAAACGUCUAGAAUCAGAUAGUUCACUAACAAUUGGUGAUGUGACUACUGUUAACUUGACAAAAAUACAUGGCGGCGUACAAAGUAAUGUUAUUCCUCCACUUUUAGAAGCUUGUUUCGAUAUACGUCUAGCGAUUACAGUGGAUCAUAAAGAAUUUGAGAAUCAAGUACGUAAAUGGUGUGCUGAAAUCGGAGGAGGUAUUGAAUUAGAAUUCGAACAAAAGGAACCAAAAGUGCCACUGACAAAAACCGAUGCAACAAAUCCAUUUUGGAUUGGGUUUAAAAAAGCCAUAGAUGAUUUAAAACUAAAUGUUAAUAUAUUAGUUUUUCCUGGUGGAACUGAUAGUCGUUAUGUGCGCGAAGCCGGUAUACCUGCCAUUGGUUUCUCACCCAUGAAUAACACACCAGUUCUUUUACAUGAUCAUGAUGAGUUCAUCAAAGCUGAUACAUAUUUAAGAGGAAUUGAAAUUUAUAAAAAAAUAAUACCAGCUGUGGUGAAUGCUUGAGAACAAGUUAACUGAAAUAAAUUUAUGUUU